AUCUUAUCAGGAUCUAGUCAUCUCUUUGUUUGUCACUCAACACUUUUGCUCAGCACCAAGUCUUGCACUACGCUAAUACACACUAAUACUGGCGCCAACUUGGUCGCCCGUCGCUGACCGGAAAGAAAAUCAAAAUGGCUGCCGUAUUUCCACAACCGGCGGAGUCCUCUUUCGAGGAGAAGAUGGCUGCUUUGGAGAGCACCCCACUCUUUAUGAAAUCUCUGCCUUCAGAAGAAUCUAACGACCCUGUAAUACAAGCCUUACAAAGCCUCGCCUUCGAUGGAACACCAGAUGAGAUCGCUCAAAAUUUCAAAGAGCAAGGAAACGACUACUUCAAGGGAAAACGCUAUCGAGAAGCAAUUAGCUUCUACACGCAGGGAAUUGAUGCCAAGCCAUCUGAUAUUGUAUUGCACGAAGCUCUGUUGUGCAAUCGUGCCGCAUGCAACCUCGAACUAAAUAACUAUGGUUCUGUGCUCAGAGACUGCUCGAAGGUGCUUACCCUGAAUACGAAGUCUUCGAAAGCCUAUUACCGCUCGGCUACGGCAUUAUUCGCGCUGGAGCAUUAUGAAGAGUCCCUCGAUUGUUGCGAGAGAUGCCUGGAGUAUGACCCAGAAAACAAAGGUGUUAGGUCAGUUCGUGAUCGUUCCGCAAAGGCGAAGGCAGAGAAGCUUCGCAAAGAGAGUGAAAAACAGGAACGAAUACAUAACAAACAAAGAGAGAAGAAACUCCUGCAGGUGGCGUUCAAGGAACGAAAUUUGUUUGCCGUAUAUAACCCAAAAGGGUCAUCAGAGAACCCAUACGAGCCUCACUUUGACCCAGAGGACCCUGAAGGAACGACGUUGAUAAUCCCCGUGUUCUUCUUGUAUCCACAACAUGCGACAUCGGACGUCAUAGCACAUUUUGUUGAAGAUACCACCUUUUCGACUCAUAUUUUUCAAAUGUUUCCGCCGCAGGCGCCUUCACCCAGCUGGGAUAAAGCCGGGCAGUACAUUGCAAACAACCUCGUGGUAUACGCAAUAACAAGAAGGAAGCGGCUACUCAAAGUUGGCAAGAAGAUGUCAUUGAGAGACGUGUGCAAUUCUGCGAAAGCGAAAGAAGGGGACCCUGACGAUGGAUUAGAAUUGAAAGACGGGUGUUUGACGUUUGUUGUUGUUCCAAAGGGAGAGGUAGAGCAGAAUUGGGUAGAUGAAUUCAAGCGGACACGAACACCAUACGGUAAGACUCCUCGCAAAAAAGACAUCGACGAAGGCGUCAAGCUCGGUGAGGCCUCUAUUCUAGUCAUGUCUGUCAACCACAAGAUCCUCCGUACUGCAAAUGCACCCACUACCUCCCCUGAUGAAACCGAGGUUUCCGUCGCUCAGGCCCUAAUCGACCUCGAGAACAAUGUCCCUGAACUCAAGACUGAGCUUCGCGCUCUACAAAUUUCUGCCGCACGUGAAGUUGAUGUACGAGGUGGAAAGAAGGCUAUCGUUGUGUUCGUUCCCAUUCCCCAACUAAAGGCAUUCCACAAGGUGCAGCAGAGACUCACUCGUGAGUUGGAGAAGAAAUUCUCUGACCGCCACGUCGUUUUCGUCGCUCAGCGCCGGAUGUUGAGCAAGCCUACCCGUAACUCACGGGUGAAGCAAAAGAGACCCCGUUCUCGUACACUCACCGACGUACACGAGAAGAUCCUUGAGGACCUUGUCUUCCCGACUGAGAUUGUUGGCAAGAGGACCCGGGUAUCUGCUGACGGAUCAAAACUUUUGAAAGUCAUCCUUGACCCUAAAGAUGCGACAUCGCUCGAGUACAAGCUCGAUUCGUUCUCUUCGGUAUACCGCCGUUUGACGGGCAAGGACGUGACAUUCGAGUUCCCCCCUGCAAACCAAGAGUAGAUUACGCGAUAUGAUGACACAUGUUUCCGGUUCUUUGCAUUCUCCGAUAAAAAUAAGGACAUACUGCUUAUGUCCUGUUCGCGUCAUGUGCUGUGAUAUUCAUACGUCAAAGC